AUGCUAGUAGAGGAUUAUUGUCCUAGAGAGGAAAUACAAAAGCUGGAACAGGAACUGUGGACCCUAACCAUGAAGGGUUCAGAGAUAACAGCUUAUACCGCCAGAUUUAAUGAUCUUGCAGUAAUGUGUCCAGCACUUGUAACCCCUAAAUAUAAGAAGAUUGAGCGAUAUAUCUGGGGUUUAGCAUCGCAAAUCAAAGGCAUGGUGAUUGCAUCAAAGCCUACAACUUAUGACAUCACCAAGAGAAUAGCACAACAGCUAACCCUCACAGAGAUCCAAGGAGCGAUAGUGGUCUCAAAGGCUAAGUCUCCAAAAUCUGGAACAAACAAGCGCAUGUUUAAUGGGAAGAAUCCCAAAAAAUCAUCUGAGAAAAGACAAGAAGUAGCAACCAAUUAUGAAGCCACGAUUGCAGAAACCCCUCAAUCUAAGUCUGCAUGGUGUAACCACUGCAACCAUCAUCACCCAAGUGACUAUUUUGUUUACACAAAAUGCAAGAAGAAGGGGUAUACUGCUAGUCACCGCAGGAGCUCAACACUUGCAAUAGUCGAUCAACAAACAAAUACUGGAACAGGUUGUGGUGAAGAAAGAAAGUGUUAUGAGUGUGGAGAGGUUGGACACAUCAAGAAGGAAUGUCCAAAGUUAAGGAGUCAAGGAGGCAUAGGGCGUGGCAGGGCAUUUGUGAUCAGAAGCAGAGAGGCUAUCCAGGACCCUUCGGUUGUAUCUGGUAGGUUUCUUAUAGAUAAUUUAUACGCUAGCAUACUCUUUGACUCUGGAGCAGAUAGAAGUUUUAUAACUCCGAUAUUUAGAAAAUUAUUAAGUUAUGAGUCUAGCAAAUUAAAAGAAAUCUAUGAAGUAGAAAUCGCUAACGGUCAAAAUGAGAAAAGACAUGAAAUACUAGAAAACUUUCUAUUAACUCUUAAUAACUACAUUUUUCAUGUCAACCUCAUGCCAAUGCCUAUCGGUAGUUUUGAUGUCACAAUUGGCAUGGAUUGGUUAUCUUCACACCGCGCUGAAAUUUUAUGUUAUGAGAAAGCCAAACGACUAACCUUACCAAAUGGAGAAGCCCUGAUUAUCUAUGGUGAUAAGUCUGGGAAAAACCUCAAAGUCAUCUCUUGUACCAAGACACAGAAAUAUCUACAUAAGAAAUGUAGCGCAUUCUUAGCCCACAUUGUAGAUAAGAGAAGAAAGAUAAAAGAAAUCAAGGACAUACCUCAAGUAUGUGAUUUCCCUGACGUAUUUCCUGAGGAUCUACCUGGAAUACCACCCGUCCGACAAGUCGAGUCUCGAAUCGAUUUAAUUCCAGGAGCAGCACCAGUAGCGAAAUCUCCUUAUCGUACUGUUCAAUGUAUGUUGUAUAACUGUGAUACGGAGAAUGACGUUAAAUCACCCGGUGUUUCCGCCGUCGGCCGGGGUGUGAUACCUAGCCCAUGUGAUAAACGAGAAACAGGAAGUUAA